UAGUGAUUUUUGGGAGUGAUAAGAAAUAAUCAUGUAUUCUAAAUAUAUUUUUAUUGCAAGCUUUGUUUUCUCUGGCGUAUUUGCUAGACCGAGCGACAGUCCUCCUGAAAAAGAGCAACCAACGGUGAUACCUAUAGUCUCCCAAUCUGACGAAUUAGAGUCCAACGGAACAUACAAAUUCAGUUACGAGACUGGUAAUGGAAUCAAACGUGAAGAGAUCGCAUAUGAAAAAGUACUACCCAAAGGUCGAGAAGCCAGCAGUAAGGAGAAGGGUGAAGAUGACGACGAAAGUGAUGAAAUUCAUGUACAACAAGGCUCAUAUUCAUACACCGCUCCAGAUGGAACUGUAAUUACCUUAAGGUAUAUUGCGGAUGAAAAUGGAUUCCAGCCAAUAGGCGAUCAUCUGCCCAGAUCACCAGUACCAUCAACAGCCUUAUCAAAUCCAGCUGAAAAAUCAGGUCGCGCCUUAAAAGCCGCUGAUAGCGCUGACUUUGCAUCUACAACAGUAGGAGCUAAAACAGCAAAAACAGCAGAUAAAACUGUCAUGUUGGCGGAUGAAUUGCUUAAAACAGUACCAAUUACUAAAGAAUCUAAAACGUCUUCAAGUGAUGCUAAGAAAUCAGAAACAAAAUCUAAAGGCAAUGACCCUGAACCAGCUAACAUAAAUGUGAGUACUGAAGUAGCUUCAAAAGCAGCCUCUGCUCAGUCAUCAACUGAAGCUUCUCCCACUUCGGUAGUACAGACCUCUACUUCUGCACCAGAACAAUCCGCUGAAUCAUCGUCUUCUACUUCAGCUCCUGAGCAAUCAAGUUCAUCUGAAGUCGUCGGACAAUCAACUACUACAGAAGCUGUUAGUCAGUCUCCUACAGAAGAAGUUCAAAAAACAACCACAAAUGCCGCUUCACCUGCUCCGGUUGAAGGAUCAGAUUCUACAACCAUCUCAGCUUAAAAAAUCGCUCGAAAAUAUGUCCAUAUUGGACAAUAUAAUAAUCAUUUAAUUCAUAAGGCUUACAAAAUAUAUACGCAUUUUUAUGAUACUUUUUACGGGUUAAUAAUAAUUAAAUAAGUUUAUGGUGAAAAAAAUAUCAUAAAUACUGAAAAUGUGACAAAAGAUAAUAAUGGUUCCCUUGUGAAAUUACUAAGUCUUAGAUAAGU